ACAUCACCUCACGCAGCAGUGCUGUGUAGUGUCGUGUCAUCCCGCGGUACGUCAACGAUCCUCUAGAACCGAAGGCAAGGAUCGAUCGGGUCGGAGGUACACUCUGCGAUUACCGGGGCCGGUUGAUCGCCGGUGUAUUGUAGAGUGAAGAAAAUGAUCCCGCGGUGACCGCAGAGGUGAAGGAAGUGAUAGCUCGAUGGUACGCGCGAUCUUUUGACACGGGUAGAAAGUGAUUUAUUGAAAUAUUUGGAUUCGAGAGAAUUUCGGAAACCUCAGAGAAGUGAAUCUAUUUUGUACAAACAAGAUCUUACAUUGAUCAAACUUAUCGUGAUGAUAAAAGACCAGCGCGUUGUGAUCGAAACUGUUCGUUGAGAAUGAAAGUAGAUUGAGAAUCUAGUGUCAAUCGAGAGAAUUUUCAGCAUCCGCUAAAAUAAUGAGUACCUCGAUAAUCGUGUUCUGAGUGAAAGAGAAGAGGAAUCUGGUGAUAUAAUUGAAAACUUCAUUGCGAUCGAGGAUUCUCAAGACAGAUAUUACUCGACGAGCGGCAAAGUGGAAGGCGCCGAAGGAAAGACAUUCAGCGAAGGUGUCAAUCGACGGCAUCUUAUUGACAUUUCCGUGACAUUUAAUACGCGAUUCGAGUCUAGUGCCAGACGACACCUUUUCGUGUAACACGCGUCACGGCGAAAUAUUUCGCGAGAAGUGUGUUAUCGUCGACGUGACGAGCAGAGAGGCGAUAGAGAGGGAGUGAGACGAGGACGAAAUGAGUGGGUGACGCGUCCUCCGUGCCUUAUCAGCGGCUCAACCCGAGUGUGGUGACUGCGAAAAGUCAUCCAAAGACUUAUCUGUCUCUCGGAAUUCUUCACUUGCACGUGCACAAUCUCAAUAAUAGGAAGCGGACCUGCGUUUUCCAAUAAGUCAAUUUUGAAUCUGAUCGAGCGAGCGAGAGAGAGAGACAGAGAACUCUUUGCAACAGGUGAUUUCCUAAAACAACGAACGGUUCUCCCGCGAUUUGCAACAGGCGGAACCGAAGAUUCCUCGCUCGGUUGGUGGUUGACACUGAUAGCCAAACUGGACAUUCUUACCGCCACGUCGGGAAGAACGGAGUGGAGAUGUCCGAGGGUCGCUGAGAGAAUGAGGGAGCUGGACACCGAGAGCCCUGUCGUCUGGCCGGCCUGGUGUUACACUGGUGAGGUGUCGGGCGAAAACGUGUCCGCGGGCACGGGACCAGCACGUGGCGGUGAUCGUGGAGAAGCGGCGGAUUUAGGUACGCACUCGGAAAACAACGACGGGGCCACCCUGGCAGCGAACACAGCGGUCGACGCCAGGGGCGGAAGCCCUCAGGGUGCCCACCUGUCCGGUGCGGCGACCCCCAGACCUCCAAGGGGUAGAAGGCGGCAGAAUCAGAAUGGCCUCGACACGACCCAAGUUAAAACAGAACGACUCACGCCUGACAAUAACUCGACAUCGUCGAGGAGCGUGACGCCUUCUUCGUCGAGUCAUCCGGGGACGCCGCCAAAUGCUACGCCUUUGGGAGGACCCGAGGGUCCACCGCCACCCCAUCACCUCAAGCACAUGGAACAGAUGAUGGGGCGAAAUUAUAGCGAUUUCAUGAGAAGUCUCGCCGCCAAAUACAACAAUGCCAACCCCAAUGAUUACUUCAGUACGUCAAGGAAUGGAUAUCCUCCGGGCUUAGAUCCGAGGUUUCCGGCCUUCAAGACCGCUGCGACGCCAUUUGUUGGUCUGAUGGCGCCUUUAGGGGCACCGCAACCACCGACUGUCCCGACGACCUCGCCUCUCUCCAACAAAGACCCGAAAGAACAAAAACAGGAUAGUCUCUUUGGCAAUCCUGUGUUCCCGCCUAUGAUCGAUAUGUCUUCUACUCAGGCUCUUCUUCACAUGGUGCGCACUGCCAAUGCGGCUCAAAACGCAGCUGAAUUGGAAACAUACCUCAAAGGUGCGAACAAAAGAGACGCGGGAGUGACGAGCCCUUUGGAUCUUUCGAGUCCCGGUGGCUUCGCGCCUCGCAAGCGGCAAAGGCCGGAAACAAGGAGAUCCGAAAGCGUGUCUCCCAAGCCGAAACCUACCGCGAGACCGAUCACACCUCCCCCAGUCAGAUGUCCGACGCUCUACGCUCACAUGCCCUGCGGCGACGGACAAGCCGUGAAUCGCUGGACCAUCGAGGAUGUCGUCAAUUACGUCUCGUCGAUCGACAUCUGCGCCGAGUACGCACAGAACUUUCGGGAGCACCGUAUAGACGGUGCCGCGCUACCGCUUCUCUCGGAGAAUCACCUGACGGGCACGAUAGGCAUGAAGCUCGGUCCAGCCUUGAAGCUGCGCAUAAUGCUGGCCCGAAAGAUCGGCGCCUGCACGGUCUGUCUGCAUUGCGCCCACUGCCAUCAAACACCGCUACCGGCGCUCAGCGCGGCGGGCACGGCCGCGGCGGUGACGCAACAGCAACAGCAGCAACAACCACAGCAGCAGCAACAGCAACAGACGCCGGGCCGGCGACCCAGCAGCACCGGAAACUGACAAACAAUGGCGGAGACUCCCCCACUGGGGUCCGAGACAGUAGCGGUCGUCGUGACGCCAUCGUCGCCGUCUCCGGACCUGAAUCGGGCCCUCAGGAUAGAACGGCGCGUACCCCGUCCGGUACGCAAGCCGGAAGUCGUCUUCAAGAAGCCUAUCAAACAGUGACAUUAAGGAAGACGAUUUCAUGUAUUAGGGAAAGUGGAGACUCCGCCUGUUGUCAGUGACCAAGAAUUCAGAAGGACUCUUAGGUAGGAGAAUUCAGACUGGAAUUUAGCUGAGACUAGGUAGGAAGUGAGUAAGAAAGAGAGAGAGAAAGGGACGGAAAGAGAGAGAGAGAGAGAGAGAGAGAGAGCAGAGACUUUGAUUGACAUUAACGCAUAAAACUAAGUAUGAAUUGUGAGUGCUCAAAAAAGAGAUUUUUGAGCAUUCGUUCGAACGUCAAGAGAGAGAGAGAGAGAGAGAGAGAGAGAGAGAGAGAGAGAGAGAGAGAGAGAGAGAGAGAGAGAGAGAGAGAGAGAGAGAGACCUGGAGAACUGUAGAUUAGUAAAUUAAAAAUUAUAACUGCGAUGACAAAUUAUAGGACUUGAACAAGGCAAAACGAUGGAGGCACGUUAUUUAAUUGCGUGUAGUGUAAAAUUAAUCGCACGCGAUAAAAGAGUGAGACAAAUUCAACUCUUAAGAUUUUUUUAACAUUUUAACUGAAUGAAUAAUGUUUAGAUAGCUACAUAGAAAAAUAUUUUUUAAAACUCUAUAAAUGCGAUAUAACAAGUGAAAAUAUUGAGUAGUACAAUCGCGAGAAUAGAAGUUUAAUUGAAUCACGAUCGUAUAUAUAUCGUUACGAGAAUAAAUUUAUGACAAAUAUAGAAUACUAGCAAAAUAACAACGAUUUCUAAAAUAUAUUUGUUGAUAAAAAUAAAAUACAUUUCAAAGGACCUAAGCGGAACAAUUCAAAGUUUGAGAUUUCAUUUUUAUUCGCAUC